GAAUUCUGCCUUCAAGCGCUUUAGAACAAUCAUAUAAAAACUUGGCUUGAAUUAUCUUUAUACAAUUUGUUUACACUGAAAUUCUCUCUCUCUCACUCUCUCACUCUCUUUCUGUCUCUGUGUGUUCGUGCGUGUGUUUGAGUGUUGAAGGAAAGAAAAAUAGAUGCACCACAGCAAACACCAGGAGUAAAUUAUUAUUGUUGCUCAUCCUGCUCGAAUUUCAGAGCCAAAUAGCGCGAAGAGCGAUAAACGGUCCAGAGCACAUAGACCAAAACGAAAGCCCAGGAAGCCAUGUGCACCUCCCCGGUGGCCCACCAAAUGUCAUCCAGCAUGUCCUCCGGCAAGAUAUUGCCCCGUCGUCAGGCGAUACCCGUACUCUACACGCGUGGUACUCACUAUGAGGUCGGCUUCGAUAUGGGUCGCACUUUUGGCUCGAUGAUCAAGAACUUUCUGAUCUUAUCGCAGCCGCUGAACGAGACCUACUUGCCGCUCUAUGGCACCGCAAAAGGCAGGCAAAUCUACAACGAGACGCUCGAAUCGGUCAAAGGCAGCUUUCCGCAGUACAUACGCGAAUUGGAGGGCGUGGCCGAUGGCGCCGAGGUGGAGUUCCAUAAGUUGUUCUUGCUGCACCUGGACGAGAUCUUGCCACAGGCUGUAAAACAUCAGCCACGCAGCAAAAACCAACCGACCGGCUGCUCCUCGAUUAUUGUUAACCAUAAGCAUUGCCGUCUGCUGGGCCACACGGAGGACGCGCUGACGGAGACGCUUAAUCAUUACUACUUUGUGGUGGCGCACAUCAUCAGUGACAAGCCGCAGGGCAAAUAUAAUGUCAAGGAGGAGCAUUUUAUGUCGCUCUGCUAUGCCGGACACCUGCCGGGCUAUACCAUGAGCCAUAAUCAUCAUGGUCUAGUGUUUAGCAUCAACACAAUCAGCGCCGAGCUGUUGCGCAGCGGCAAGACACCUCGUCAUUUUCUGACACGGGCCUUGCUCGCCGCUAGCAACGUGGACGAUGCCUUCAGGGUGCUUACGGAUGCCGGCGUGGGCGCUGCCGAUGCCUGUUCCAUAAACUUUUCAUUUUUGGCCGAUCCGCGUCAAAUGUUUUACAACGUGGAAAUGGCACCAAAUCCGGACCGGAAGAAUGAGUCACACCUGAGCAUCAAGGAGGUACCGCUGGGCGCGCAUAACUACCAUGCCAAUCAAUUUGAGCACAUACACUUGGACCAGGCCAAUGAGCUGAUGUUGGAGUCCAGCGUCUCGCGGAUGCAUGCGUUUAGUAAAUACAAGCCGCCGGCAAGCGAGCAUGAUGUUCGCAAUAUGCUGGGAGAUGUCACUGGCGGCUGCUUUUGCGUGUGGCGCGACAAUGGCAGAUGCGAUGAAGUGGUCAAAACAAUAUCUGUUGGCCUGUUCGAUUUGAAUGCCAAAACCUUUUCACUCUACUCCGAUAAUCCGAGUCUCACCGAGCCACACUGCACGUUGCCCCUGCUUUACAAAUAGUUGUACAAUUAAUAUAAACAUCGCUUGUACUUAUUUGUUAUGAAAAAAAAAAAUAGCAGAACUGUUUGUGCGUCUAGCUAAAAUUUAAACCAUUGGGGAUCAGUUAUUAUCAUAUAUUUCAAAA